UCGCAGAGGAAAAUCGUACUGAUGUCUUCAGGGCCGAAAUCCAGACCUUCCCAUGAAACUCGGAGGAAUCAAGAAAGAGUGUCGCAAUAUGAUGAGGUCCCUACAGAAAAUCAGCUAUUGCAACCAUCUCUUACCUCAUCUGGCAGCAAAAGUCUGAAAGACUGCAAUUUAGCAGUGAGUGCAGACCCACUGCCACCUCCACCUCUACCUCUGCAUCCACCUGUGGGUCGUGAAUUUUAUUUGGAUGAAGGUGAUGAACCGGUGACUGCUCUGGAGUUGAAACCAGUUAGACGUUUUGUUCCAGAUUCUGUGAAAAACUUGUUCAAAGGUAAAAAUGACAAUCAGCAGUUGAAUAUGGAUUCUUACAAUGACAAUAAUGGAGUGGAGUGCUCGCCGCCUGCCUCCCCUACACCUUCUGCUCACGAAGAAUUCAAACAAGAAGGGCCGAAAUCGGGUGAGAGUUCUUACAAGGAUCCAUAUGGAGGCUCUGGGGGUAGCUACAACUCUCGGAAAGAAGUUGAAGCUAUGCUUCCUCGAGAUCCCUAUGAUUCAUUAGAUCGUCAUACCCGCACUGUGCAAAGCUACAACGAGCAGGUAGAGGUGUACAAUUUGAAAUACUCCUACAUGAAAUCAUGGGCUGGCUUACUGAGGAUCUUGGGGGCAAUACAAUUGCUGUUUGGAGCAGGUGUAUUUGCUUGUGUUUGUGCCUACAUACAUAAAGACAAUGAAUGGUACAAUAUGUUUGGUUACUCUCGUCCAUACAGUCACGCUGCCAACAGUUUACAGGGAGGAUACUACUAUGAUGGACCAAAAACUCCUUUUGUUAUUGUUGUUGCUGGCUUGGCGUGGGUCGUCACCAUUAUAUUACUUGUACUGGGCAUGUCCAUGUAUUAUCGCACCAUCUUACUUGAUUCCAACUGGUGGCCAUUGACUGAAUUUGCCAUGAAUAUUGUUCUUUUUAUCCUCUUUCUGGCCGCUGCAAUAGUGUAUUUGAAUGACAUGAACCGUGGUGGUCUGUGCUAUUAUCCUCUCUUCAACACCCCACUGAAUUCUACAUUUUGCCGUGUAGAAGGUGGACAAAUAGCUGCAGUCAUCUUUCUAUUUGCUACCAUGUUCCUCUAUCUUAUCAGUGCCAUUGUAUGUCUAAAGCUUUGGAGACACGAGUCAAAAAGGAAAAGAGAUAACUAUGCAGAAUUUGAGCUGGGAAGUACAGUAGCUGGCACGUCAACAGAAACGCAGGCAUUGCGAUCUAAAGCGAGGUCUGGAGUAACUGAUGCAAGCCGCAAAGAAUUGCAGCCAGUUGAAAUGAAACCAGCGGUACUGAGUGGAUACAUUCCUGCGGGUCACAUUCCAAAACCACUUGUUAUGGCUGACUACUUAGCUAAGUAUCCUACUAUCAGAACACCUGAAGAACGAGAACGUUACAAAGCUGUAUUUAACGAUCAACAUGCAGAAUACAAAGAACUUCAUGGAGAAGUGCAAAUGGUUCUGAAAAAGUUCAAUGAGAUGGAUGCCAUGAUGAGCAGACUUCCUCAGCAUGCAGGGUCCCAACAGGAGUAUGACAGGAUCACAAAAGUUUUCCAUGAGUAUCAGAAGAAGAAAAAUGAUCCCACAUUCCUGGAGAAAAAAGAACGUUGUGAAUAUUUGAAAAACAAACUCUCCCAUAUCAAACAGAGAAUUCAAGAAUAUGAUAAAGUCAUGAACUGGAAUGAUAACUUGUGCAUGUCGAGCCGCGCAAUGGACAGCCCGCCGCCCUACAACUCCGGCAGUGAAUACUACCGUGGCUCUGCCUAUGCACCGAGUAAGGAUAUGUACGAUGGUGAAGUGCGAUCUCAACCUGCUGGCUCCUAUUAUCCAGAUGAACUGCAGCGCUUCUACAAAUGGACUUCUCCUCCAGGAAUUAUCAAAAUUUUAUCGGUCCUUAUCAUCGUGAUGAGCGUCGGAAUCUUUGCUUGCGUGGCGUCAACUUUGCCCUGGGACAUGGACCAUUUGGGAGGAGGAGGGAUGGGAGGAGGGAUGGGAAUAGGAGGGUCGGGAGGAUUUGGAGGUUAUGGAGCAGGUGGCCCAGGCGCCGGAUCCGGCACAGGCUAUGGAUAUGGAGUGGGAGUUGGAGCAUAUGGAUAUGGGGGUGGCUACACUGAUCCACGUGCUGCCAAGGGCUUCAUGAUUGCAUUGGCUGCUGUCUGCUUCGUUGUACUUCUGGGUGUCUUUAUCAUACUUGUUUCUAGAAUGAGACUUUCAAGAACAAGGAAGUUUUACCUGAUUCUGCUAAUUGUGUGUGCUGUCGUUGGCUUUAUAAUGUUUGUGGCGACAAUUGUCUACCUGAUGGCGAUCAACCCCACAGCACAGGCUGCGGGAUCUGUCUUCUACAGCCAGCUACUGGCCCUCUGCAACCAGUUCUAUAUCCCUGCCAACACUGGCGUCUUCACAAAUCAGUAUCUCUAUCACUACUGCGUCGUUGAACCACAGGAGGCCCUUGCCAUUGUGAUGGGGUUCACGAUCAUAAUAUCUAUGGGCCUGAUAAUCUUCUUUGCAUAUAAAACACGAAGCAAAAUGACACGAUAUGGCAAAGAGAACAUCCUGUGGGAUAAGAUUCCCAUGGACCGCGAGAUGCCUCCAAAUGUCGAAGAAUGGGUCAACAACGUGUCUGGAGUUCCGGAGGAACUAGCGAAUGAUGGCUAUUCUUAUAAACCAAAUGGUUCAGUGAAUGACACAGACUAUGAGCCCCGCCAUGGAAACAGACUGCACCCUAAUAAUGUCCAGCCAUCACGUAAUCCUGAAGUUUCACUACCACUAAUGCGCGAGCAGCCUCGGCCUCCGUCCAGCAGAGAUUCUGAUGAAAGCAAGCCAUCUUCACAGAGAAAGCCACCCAGGAAGAGGAGACCUGGAAGAACAAAGAGAGUCGACAAUGAUGAAUAUGAAACAGAUUAUACAACUGGUGCAGAAUCCUGUGAUGAACUCGACGAAGAAGACUUGGAAGGUAAGUAUCCACCAAUCACUUCAGAUCAACAGAGACAAGAUUAUAAAAGGGAAUUUGACAACGAUUUGCAGCAAUACAAGCAUCUCCAAGGUGAAAUGGAUGAAAUAAACAAACACUUUUCCCAGCUGGACAAGCAGAUUGACGAGACUGAGGACAGUGAGCAGUAUCAGGUUAUUGCUGCUGAGUAUAAUCGACUAAAAGAAGUGAAGAACUCUGCAGAUUAUCGGGAGAAGAAGAGUCUUUGCAAGCAACUUAAGACAAGGUUGGCUCACAUCAAACAGAUGGUCAGCAACUUUGACAACCAGAAAUCUUGAAUGCUAUUUCUUCUCAUAGAAAAUCAAAAUGGAGGAUUGUUACUAGCAGAGUGCCAAACAUUGAGUCUGACAAGAAAUGUGAAGCCAGCACAUUUAAAGGGACCAAAAAAAAUAAUUGCAUGGUUUCAGAUACUUUUCAGUACCUUGGUAAAAUUUAAAAUAUUUUUUUAAGUCUCCUAUUGACAAAUAAUAAUUUCUCAGCUUUAAAAUUUGUAUUCUGUUGGAUGGAAAAUAUUUUUAAUGUUUUUUUUUGUGAAUAGUACAAAAAAGUUGAUUUUUGGAACUGUGAGCCUUCGGGUUUAAGUUUCUUGAAUUGAUAUUGGUUCUCAGCUUUGCUAAAGGUCAUCUUUAAUAGAACAUCUUAUGUAGAAAGUGAUUUUUGAUUUGUAGGAUUUGUUUCUUCCAUAACUGUGUGGGAUUUGCUCAAAUUAUACUUGGACAUUUGUUAACUAAGCUUCUGAUGCGAUUCAAGCCAAUGAAUUAAUGCUGUUUUUCCAAAAGUCACAUUCUGUGAAUUCAAAUUAUUAAAGGUUACAUUAUUUGGUACAAACAGUUUUUAAUCAUGUCUUAAUACACAUGUCUGAUCAGACACUCUUCAUAUCAAUCAAUGAACAUUGAAGCAAGGCAGUGGUUUGCCAUAUCUUUUAUAGAUAAUCAUCUAUGUAGUUAUUAUUGGAAUGUUUUUAUUACAACUUAAUAACCAGGGAUGAUGUGUUUGCCAUGUAUAUAAGAGGGGCACUAGCACAUCGAUUAAGCUUAUAUCUUGGGAUACAUGGUCUAUAAAACACAAAGCAAAAACAGCUGAAAUCUGGGCAAUUUUUUUAUUCUUGGCAAAUCCAAUGUAUUUUUAUUGAAAUCAAUAUGUAUAUUAUUUUUAGCUUUCUUGAUACUAGAGUGCAUUUCGGAUACAUUAGUAGGUAAACCAAGUUUUUAAAAUCAUGACUUUUUUGUAACUACCUGCUCUGUUUACACAAGUAUGAAUUGUGAAAUUAAGCAUGUUUAAACUCAAUAAAAUUUAACGAUGUGCAUUUUUAA